GCCCCCACGGCCGGAGGCCGUGUGGUUGUUAUCCAGACUUUAGGCUGCGUCUCUCCCACUCUCCUCCACUCCCCGGCCUGUGAUGAUGGCUCUCCGGGAGCUCCUGGCUGUGGCUGGGCAGCCCGAGGUUCUGCGCUACUGGGAGCAGUUGUCAGACGAUGAGCGGCGGCUCCUGGCGGCCGAGCUGGAGCCGCUGGAGCCGAGGGAGCUCCGGGCUCACUGCGAGGAGGCGGCCCGGGCCCGGGCGCGACACACGGCACCGAGAGACCGCCUCAUGGAGCCACUUCCUGGGGAGGCGAUCGGCAGCUCCAUCCGGACAGAGGCUGAGAUCCUGAGGAGAUGGAAGGAGCGGGGUUUCCAUGAGAUCUCCCAAAACCAGGUGGCUGUUCUCCUUUUGGCUGGAGGACAGGGUACCCGGCUGGGCGUGCCAUACCCGAAGGGAAUGUAUGAUGUUGGGCUGCCAAGUGGGAAAACCCUUUACCAAAUCCAGGCAGAACGAAUUCGCAAAGUACAGCAGCUAGCUGAGGAAAGAGUCGGCAGGCAAUGCACGGUUCCUUGGUACAUCAUGACCAGUGAAUUCACAUUAGAACCCACGCAGAAAUUCUUCACUCAGCACAACUACUUUGGUCUGGUCAAGUCCAAUGUCGUCAUGUUUGAACAGCGGAUGCUACCGGCUGUCGACUUUAAUGGAAAGAUCAUUCUGGAACAGAAGGGGAGGAUUGCCAUGGCUCCAGACGGAAACGGUGGCCUGUAUCGAGCUCUGACUAACAACAAGAUUCUGGAGGACAUGGACCGCCGACGGAUUCGGUUUGUUCACGUGUACUGUGUGGACAAUAUCUUAGUGAAGAUGGCAGACCCGGUCUUCAUCGGUUUCUGUGUGGAGAAAGGAGCGGACUGUGGGGCCAAGGUGGUUGAGAAGGCUUACCCCACCGAGCCAGUCGGUGUGGUGUGUCGUGUGGAUGGUAUCUACCAAGUUGUGGAGUACAGUGAGGUGAGCCAGGAGACUGUAGAGCAGAGGAACACCGAUGGUCGACUGACAUUCAACGCUGGCAAUAUCUGCAAUCACUUCUUCACUGUGGAGUUCCUCAAAUCCGUUACAGAAGAGUUUGAACCUCAACUGAAGCCUCACGUGGCUGUGAAGAAAAUUCCCCAUAUCGAUGAGAAAGGAAACAUUGUGAAACCAGAGACACCCAAUGGCAUCAAGAUGGAGAAGUUUGUUUUUGACGUUUUUCAGUUUUCCAAGAAGUUUGUUGUGUUUGAAGUGUUGAGGGAGGAUGAAUUUUCCCCUCUGAAGAAUGCAGACAACGCUGGGAGCAAAGACACCCCCUCCACUGCACGUCGUGCCCUGCUGUGGCAACACUAUCGCUGGGCAGUGCAAGCCGGUGCCCAAUUCCUGGAUCACAAGAACAACCGGAUCUCCCCCCUCAACCAGUUCCAGGAGGCUGAGGAACCACCUGCAGUGUGUGAGAUCUCGCCACUCGUCUCUUGUGAAGGAGAGGGUUUGGAGGAGUACCUGAAGGAUCGGGAGUUCCAUUCUCCGCUGCUACUCACUGAGAAAACAGUAGCUGCCCUGGGAUAGGGCUAGUAAUGACUCGGUUUGAGGGGAGCAGCCUCGUUUGCCAAUGAAGGGAUUUUAUACAUAGAACUGGAUCAAGUGCCUUUAUUUUGAUACCACCAAGUUAUAAAAAAGAUUGUCAAUUCUUAUUCAGACUUUGAAUGUGUGGCUGGGAUUUUAUCCAUUACAUAAGGCUGGGUCUUCAUGGGACCUAGACAACACCCAGUUUUUGUCCUGGAUAGGACCAACUCUGCUCAGCCACUCGUUCACUCAGAAUGCAGCCAAUCCAUGCACUGGAGUCAUGACUGGUCCAUGGGACACAUCACCCUGGUAACCCCAACCCAGGGGGCAAUAGGGAGUCACUGUCCUCCCCGCCCCAAAAACAUAAGGAGAAAUAGCAGGAGUUGGCCAUAAGCUUGACCGUUCAAUAUGGUCGUGACUGACCUUUCACCUCAAAACUACCUUCCCUAUCAAUCCCCAUCUCCAAUUCCCCUUGAGUUAAAAAAUGUAUUGCUCUCAACUUUCUUAUAAAGUAAUGUCUAGACCCUGUGGGGUAGAGAAAUCCAAAGAUUCACAACCUUCAGAGUGAAGAAAUUUUUCCUCAUCUCAGUCUUAAAUGAUCAAGCCCCAAAUAUCUUGACACUGUCUCCCUAUUUCUAGACUCAGUCCAGCGGGGGAACAUCCUUUCAACUCCAUCCUGUCAAGCUGCCUCAUGAUUUUAUAUGUUUCAAUAAGAUCAGCUCAUUCUUCUCCGCUGCCCAGGUCACAACCAGGACAAGCGGCAAAGGGACUCGUUGCCCCUCUGUCCCGGUGUCACCCCCAGCAUAAGUGGCAAAGGGGCUCCCUGGCACACAAGGCAGAGGGAUUCUCUGCCCCUCCAUCUGCAGGUCACCACCCAGCACACAGGGUAAAGGGACUCUGUCCCUGGGUUACCUCCAGCACACAGGGCAGAGGAACUCUCUGUCCCUGGGUCACCCCCAGCACACAAGGCAAAGGGACUCUGCCCCUCCAAUCCCCUGGGUCACCCCCAGCACACUGCAGAUGAAAAGUUCCUUUUUUGUAUAACCCAGCUGUUUGCAAAACAAGUGGAGAGUGGCUGUGCCAUGUUUAACCACAGACACUAUCCCAUCACUGUGGUAGUGUACGCCUUGGAUACAAUCUCUGUUUUUAAAUAUUAUUUAAGGUUUCAGUCCACAUACCUCCUUCCUGUUGCAGUCAUUCCAAUAAUCAAAAUGGUCAGUAUUAUGUGACCCUGGUGAUGGGUGAUCAAGGGUGUGACGAACAAUCUUUUACAUAUUUGUGCCUUAUACUGUAUGUACUUUAUCAAGUAGAUAACAUCACUUAUUAAAUAAAAAGUGCCUUUCAGGCCAUGCAGACAAUCUCA